CAAUCAAUGCAUUUCAUUGCCCUCUCUUUCUCGGAACCUCCCCCAUCAACCCCUCUCCCUACAUAUACCAUUCCCCUCUACACCCUCUCUUCAAACAAGUCCCACAUUGAAUAGAAAUAGGCUUGAAACAGAGUAUAUAAACAGGAAGUAAUGGCAUCAUCACAGAACCCACAUCCCCAUUUCCAAGACUGCCUUCCCCUUAUGGCCAACAAGCUCGGCGGCGACGGCCUCAUCGACGAGCUCUGCAACGGCUUCAACCUGCUCAAGGACCCCCACACGGGCCUCAUAACCUUCGAGAGCCUCAAGAGGAACGCCGCUUUGUUGGGCCUGGAUGGGCUCGCCGAUGAGGACCUCCGCUCUAUGCUCCGGCAGGGCGAUUUCGACGGCGAUGGGGCGCUGAGCCAGUUGGAGUUCUGCGUUUUGAUGUUUAGGUUGAGCCCUGAACUCAUGGAGGGGUCUAAGCUGUGGCUCGAGGAAGUGCUGCAACAAGAACCUGAAUGUUGAUGUUUGUUUUGUUUGUUUGGUCCUUUUGUUUUUUCGUUUUCACUUUCUGUUUCCUCCUCUCAGUUUUGGAAAUUGAAAUUGUUCCACCUCUUAUUAUUGAGUACUUGUGAGGAGAAACUAGAAAGAUAGAUUUUCAUUUGUUUACUCACACCCAGAGUAUUACUCAAUUUGAUUAUUAUUUACACUAUUUUAUAAAUUAAAUUAGUUUUACAUUUAGCAUAUGAUUAAAUAUUACUUUCUCAUCA